UUCAUCCUCGGUCCGCAGACGAGGCCCCCGCAGGCGGCGAUGGCGAGGCGGGUGCCCGCCGCGGGCUCGCUGCUGCUCGGCCUCCUGGCCUGCGGGGCCCGCGCGGAGAGGGCCUGGGGCACUGCUCUGCAGGCCGAGCUCGCGAUGCCGGCCUCGGGCUCCCUGCAUUGGCUCGGCGGCGGCCGGGACCAGUCCGCGGGGCCCGGGGAGGCGGAGAGCCCUCUCGGCCCGGUCCUGCAGCCGCAGGGGCCGCACCGCCAGUCCUCCGCGGCCGGCGGCGGGCCUCGGCCGACGGGGCCGGAGAAGGCGGAGAGCUUCAGGGCCUCGGGCGACGGCGGAGGCCCCCUUCGCAGCGGAGGCCCCCCCGACAGGCUCGCCGUGCCCGGCGCGAAGCUUGUGCGCGAGUCCUCCCAGCUGGGGGCGCUCGGCUCGGUCCGGCCGGUCGCUCGCAGGGCUCAUUCCACGGAGGAGGAGCAGGCCGCCGCCUCCGGCACCGAUGCCAGGGAGCAGCGGCGCUUCUUGGAGCACCUGCACGCCGAUGGCACGCCGCCCGACGCCCUGGCCCGCGCAGAGCAACAGCUCGACGGCAGCGGCGUGCGCGAGAAGGCGGUGCUUCUGCCAGAGGAGCCCGCGGUCGACUGCAACACGAAGGACCCGAGGGGACGUCACCGACCCCAAGCAGAUGCUCGCCAUGCUGCACGGCUGCACCAAGGCCCUGGACCGCUUCGGCGAGCAGACGAGGGGCGUAGAGCGAGCCGACAGGGCGGCCAACGAGAAGGACGUCGAGGCGCUCAGGCACACGGCGAAGGACCUGCUGGCGAUCAAGGAGGGGAAGAGCUUCCACGAGGCAUGGGAUGAGGAUCAGCAGGCUGCCCUGAGGCACCUCAUGGAGCAGGUCUCCAGGGACGAGGCCACCAUCAAGAAGCUCGCCGCCGAGCCCUGAGCGCACCGCUGUGCCCCUCCACGCGCAUGGGUUACCCCUCCCCCCCUUGCUAUGAAGGAGGGACAUACGUGUUCAGUAGCACAGCAGCGCCGAGCGCUACGUACGCGGGAAAGAACAGCGCGAUAUGCGUUCGCUCUAUAGCAGAGCAGCGCGUCGCGCUGAGCGAGGGAAGGCCGCGGGGUGGCAUGGCGGGCCAUAGGUAGCUGAGGAUUGGAGGCUACGCGGAC